AUGGCACUGUCAGGGACCCUGACCUCCCUCCAGGAGGAGAGCUGCUGUCCCGUGUGCUUCGAUUACUUCAAGGACCCGGUCACCACCGGAUGCGGACACAACUUCUGCUGCGACUGCCUGAGUUCGUGCUGGGAGGGCCUGCCUGAGGAUGGCACCUUCCCCUGCCCGGUCUGCCGCUUCGGCCUGCCCCGCACAAACGUCUACAGGAAUCUGCAGCUCGGAAGCCUGGCCCAGGCGGCGCAGCAGCUGGAGGUACGGCGGAGCAGGCGGAAGCGGCUGUCUGAGCACUCGGUGUGCGAGCUGCACCAGCAGGCGCUGACGCAGUUCUGCCAGAAUGACCUGGAGCUGCUGUGCACGCGCUGCAGCUUCGCCCCGAAGCACCUGAAGCACCACGUGAGCUCCAUCGAGGAGGCCGCGCUGCAGCAGAGGCGGCAGCUGGAGCGCUCGGUGGAGCCGCUGCGCAGCGACCUGGAGCAGAUGGAACGGCUGAUCGAGCUGCAGAGCACCAAGACCCUGGAGCUGCGCAAGGCGGCCGCAGCCCGGCGGGAGGAGAUCGAGGCGGAGUACGAGCAGCUGCGGCAGUUCCUGCAGGAGGAGCACCACGCCACCCUGCUGCGGAUGGGCGAGGAAGAGGCGGAGAUCCUCGGAGAGCUGAAGCAGCACCUCGCCUCCUUCUUCAACUACACGUCGGGCCUGAAGGGCCUGCUCAAGGAGGUGGAGGCUAAGAGCGCCUUCCCCGACCUGGCGCUGCUGCGGGCCCUCAAGGGCAUUGAGGAGGAGCGGCAGCAGCUCCGGCGCCCCGAGCCCUCCGCCGUGGAGCUGAGCGGCUACGAGCUGAGGAUCCCCGCGCAGCUCUCAGGCUUGGAGCGCCUCGUGCAGCACUUCCAGAUCGACAUGCUGUUCGACCCCAGCACUGCGCACCCGCAGCUCAUCCUCUCCAGCGACAGGAAGAUCGCGCACUUCGAGGCCAUCCCGAGGAGGGUCUGCCACACACCCAGGAGGUUCUACCUGUGCCCAGCCGUCCUGGGCCAGCAGUGCUUCGACAGCGGCCGGCACUACUGGGAGGUGGAGGUGGGCACCAAGCCCAAGUGGGCCCUGGGCGCCUGCCAGGGCUCGCUGCCCCGCAACUGGCGCAACAAGCCGGACCGACGCAGGGGCUUCUGGGCCCUUGGGCGCUGCGAGGACAACGGCUACCUCAUCUUCGGAGCCCAGAAAGCGCAGAUCGUGCCCAAAGCGAGGCCCAGCAAGAUCGGCAUCUUUCUGGACUAUGAGCUGGGUGAGAUUUCAUUCUACAACGCGGACGAUAGGUCCGUGCUCUACACGUUCCACGACUGCUUCACCAAAACUGUGUGGCCUUAUUUCUUCCUGGGACAAGAUUCCAAGCCUCUUAGACUCUCCUCAGAGUCGGAGAGAGAGACAUGA